AGAAAUGCACACUGAUUUGCUUCAGUAUCAAGAGGGAAAUGUUGGAGAAAGUGGUGAUUGGAGGAUGGGUGAGAUCUUCUAAGGUGGAGAAGAAAGAGCCGGCAGCGGCUAGUCCUAAAGACGUGAGCUGUGCGGAGAGUUUGCAAUCUCGAAUUCCGUUUUUUGGGACUAUCAUCAAGUUUCUCGCCGGUUCCGCCAGCGAACCUGCUGUACGUGAAAAACUGGAGCAGCCUUAUUCGAUUUUGUUUUUGCAAAUUAAUGAUGGUUCUUGCGCUACAAGCCUUCAGGUUGUGGUACAUUCUGCUAUUGCUCGUGUUUCUGUCAGCCAGCUUCUGCCAACUGGAACAUGCAUAUUAGCAGAAGGUGUUCUACAAGAAUUUUCUGCAGAAGGUGAUCAACAAAAACCUUCUGCAAAGGAAAAACAAGCAAUUGAGCUUACUGUUGAGAAAAUUCUUCAUGUUGGGACUGUACAGAAUAGUUAUCCGUUGUCUGAAAAACGAUUACCACUCGAUUCGUUAAGGGACUGCUCCCAUUUUCGACCUCGGACAACAACGGUGGCAUCAAUUACCCGAAUACGUUGUGCCUUGACUUUGGCAACUCAUACGUUCUUCCAGAGCCAUGGGUUUUUGCAUGUGGAAGCACCCAUUAUCACAAUCACAGACUGUGAAGGAUUUAGUAACAAGUUCCAGGUUACAACCCUUUUUCAAAGGACAAUCAAGGAGGAGCCUAAUGCUGGUAAUGAAACUCAAGGUAUUAGCCUUGAAACUGUUAAGGUUGCUAUUAAGGAGAAAACUGAUCUUGUUGAACAACUCAAGAGAAGUGAAAGCAAUCAGGAAGCACUGGCUAUUGCAGUUAAGGAUCCAAGGAAAACAAAUGAACUAGCUCAACAGCUAGAAGCAAGAGAAAAGUCAAAACCAGGAACUGCAGUAAAGGGUUAUGGAGUUAACUUCAAUGAAGAUUUAUUCAGUCGUCAAACUUAUUUGACUGUUUCCGGUCACCUUCAUUUGGAGAGCUAUGCAUGUUCCCUUGGACAUGAUGCUAUAAGAUGUGCAGAUGACUACUUCAGAUUUCUAUGCAAAUGGAUAUUGGACAAAUGUUCAACAACAGAUGUGGACUUUUUAACAAAACGAACUAACAAGACCAUUAUCAAACGUCUUCAAUCUCAUAUGGAAAAUUCUAGUGAAAAAAUCACCUACAAAGAAGUGGUGGAUAGGUUAAGAAAGGUCACAGAUAAAGAAUUUGAAACAGAACUUCAGUGGGGUGUUGCUUUAACGGCAGAACAUCUGAGUUACUUGGCUGAUGUGAUCUAUAAGAAGCGUGUAAUCAUUUACAAUUAUCCAAAAGAAUUGAAACCAUUUUAUGUACGCUUGAAUGAUGAUCGAUGUACAGUUGCAGCAUUUGAAAUGGUUCUACCCGAGGUUGGGACACUGAUUACAGGCAGCCAAAAUGAAGAACGCGUCAAUAUGCUAAAUGCAAGGAUCAAGGAAUUCAAACUACCAAGAGAUCAGUACGAAUGGUAUCUAGAUCUUCGCAGGCAUGGUACAGUCAAGCACUCUGGGUUCAGCCUAGCAUUUGACCUUAUGGUUCUCCUUACAACUGGCCUAACCGAUGUUAAGGAUACAAUCCCAUUCCUAAGAAGUGAUAGCAAAAAGAUCAAUAAUUAACUCAAAAAAUAGGGAUGGCCCGUGUUCAAACUGCUUUCUGUUUCCAAUGGAAUGAAAAUUUUAUGUAAAUAUAUAUACGGGAACGCAACUUGAUACAGAUACCUUGUAUCUAGAAAUUAAGUUCUUGAUCCCAAAUAGACAAAUUGAUGUAAC